AUGGCACGACAACAACAGCACAAAUCAGCCACGCAUCUACCUAUACUAUACAAUCCACUACUAAAUUGCAUAUUCAAUAAUCCCAAUCAAUCCAAAGCUCCUUUCAAAAAAAUCAUUGAAGAAUUAAGAAACAAGCACAUCCAAUAUACAAUUCUUCUACCCCCUGCAUACAUCCUAAACGAGUUCCAUGAUCCAGCAACCGACGAUUCUAGCACAAGGGUGCUAUUGAAAGACUUGUGCUAUAACAAUGAAGAUUUUAUCAAGUCACAUAUUAUUAGAACAGGGGCACCUGUGUCAUCAACAGUAACUCCAAUCUCAAAGGAACAACUGGUCAUUUACAACACUAUGAAUGGAAAGCAAAUACUUGUCAAAAACCAAAUGAUAUACACAGGUAAAGGGUUUAAGCGUAGCCUCAAGUUGAAAAUCACAUCGGUACUGUAUUUCAAGUCCUUUUGCGACUACUUUCCCAAAGGUUCCCAGUUUAUGAUUAUACAUAUUGAAAGCUCACUCAUUGGAGGGUCUCCGCCAUUCAAGCCGCUACUGUCCUUACUCCCACCAGCUAGUUCCUCCUCAUCCGAAAGAUCAACAACUCAAGCAGAAGAGGUCGACAAUGUCACAUUUGAAAAGUUGUUACGCAACUUUCCACUUCUAUCUAAGGCAGUGAGUGAUAAGUUCUAUCGAUUAUUCCAUCACAACAACCUUCAAUUCCAUCAAUUGAGAACAAGAACAAGAAAAAAGCUAAGCCAUAUAAAGGCGGAGUUUACUAAAAUGCAAGAGGAGGCAUACAAGAUUAUUCUGGAUAGUGUUCGAAUUGAAAAUCCCAACAGUGAACAGACUUAUAAUCUAUUGAACCAUAUCAUUAGUACCUAUCCAGGGCUAGAUUUGAAUAAGCUUGUGCAUGAGUAUGUUGAGCUAAACUUAUACGAUUUAAUGUGGUCACAAUUGAUAUUUCAGUUCAAUUGUCCCAAUGAUGAUAAAGAAGAGUUUGACCCAGAAGCAAUGAAGCAUCUCACUGCAGUGGAAUAUGAAAGUCUAUCAUGCUUGUCACUAAACCAAUUGGAUCUUCCGGUCACAAAACCAUGGUUGGUUAACGAACUACAUCAACGCAUAUACCUUGCAAUACAGGAAUUUAAAAAGUUGUCUGAUCCAUCAAUUGUGAAUCUGACAAUGAAAACUAAUAUCAUCUACAAAACGAUGGAGAUUUUAUCGCAAAGUAAAGAAGGAAGUGAGUUAGUUGUUGACGCUGAUACCUUGAUUGGAUUGUUAGUAAUGACGAUUGUUCACUCCAAAAUCGACAACAUAGAGGCCCAUGUUUACUAUGUCAAAUACUUUAACGCAGUAGACCGAACCAAUGAUGGGCAGUUUAACUACAUCAUGAGUAACUUGGAUGCAGUCAUUUGUCACUUAUCAGAAAAAGAGUCAUCAUUACAGUCUCUUGCCACAAGUUCACAAGAGAACUUUGACUUGUGGAGUGGCAUUGUGGAUCAGGAUGUUGUAAAGGUUAAGCAUAUUGUCGAAAAGACUCAUGACAAGUAUCCUGAUCAGGAGUUACCAGCAAUGAAUUGCUUAUUGAGUAAGAAUAUCAAUGGAGAAAGUGUACUUGAUUUUGCAAUCAAGGCGAAGAAUUUUGAGAUCUACAACUUUAUUAUGAACACAUCUUUGUUGUGGUUUUCGAUUGAAUUUAUAUUAUUCGACAAAAAUGUGAUUACAAACCAAAACCUUUUAAUGACGGCGUUAAUUGAGGAAACAGCUGAGCAAAUAUUGGAUGACUUGUUGGCAAUUAUUACCGAAAAUGCUACAAUCGAUGAACAAAUUGCAUAUUUCAACAGCCCUGAUAAUACCGGUCGUACUAUCGGACACUAUUUGUUUCACAACCACCACUUAAUCUCGAGAAUUGGUCAUUUGAUUGAUUGGGAAUUGAAAGAUAAUAACUCGCACACUCCUUUAUUCAGUUUGUGUCGUUGCUAUGACCAUGCAAAUUAUCCUGAAUUGUUGAAAGUUGGAUUCAAUGUCGUUUAUGAAAAGUAUGGUAAAAAGGGUAUUGACUUUGACAAACAUAUGGAUAAGUCAGGAAAUACAUUACUACACAUUAUCCUAAUGGGAAUACCGCAAACGCAAAUAUUAUCAAAAGAGGAGAAUUUGGUAAAUGUCAAUUUAACAAAUGCGAAAAACCUUACUCCAUUGAUGUUGUAUGUCAAGUAUAGUCGUUUGGAAAACUUGCGCGACAUUUUGAAAGAUGAUAGACUUGACUUUCUUCACGAAGAUCGAAAGAGUUUUUACAAUGUAUUUGACUAUUUGAGUUUUGUCAGUACCAAAUCAUCAAGAUCAGAAGAAUUCAAACAAAUUGAGAGGCUUAUUGUUGAGCAUUACUUUGACCAUUUCUUUCCUCAUAAUUUAUCCGAAAAACUUGCUGCUUUCAAUGGUAAAUUUGACUCUAAUUUGAAAGAGUGGGUAAUCCAUUUGAGAAAUAAAGAUUGCAGAUGUAAGCCCCAGUCAUUGAAAGCGAUAAAGCAAGUGUUGUAUGUUGAGAAAUUACAACGUCCAAUGUCAAUUUUCCCCGAUGCCGAUAUUAUUUGGCGUAACCAUGCGAUGAAUGUUUCAACAAGUCCAAUGUUUCAAAAAUUGAGGAUAAAUAAAUUGAUCUCCAAGCUUAAUAUCGUGUUUCAAAGUAUGACGUUUCAAAAUGACGUCAACACUGAGCAGGUAUUCAGCACUUUUUUAGGUGAUGUAUCCCACAACUUUUCCAUUUUAGAGCAAAAGCAAGUAAUCCUGGCAGUUACUGAAUCCCAAAAGCAAGAACUAGGCCAGGUUAGGUUGAAGUAUAGUAACAUUCAAGAAAUGGAGAUUUUCCUUGAUUUUUCACUUCAAGAUGUCAAGAAACAUGGUUUAUUUUUUACUAAAUUUUCCAAAUUAGUUUGUAUUGGAGAACAAAAACAAUUGGAUUUGAGAAAUGUUGAGGACUUAACAAUUAGUCGUAUAAAUGAGCGAGCAUUCUUUUCAAAGUUGUUUAGUAUUCCUGAAUACCAUUACCAACGGGGCAGUUUUGAUGUUUUGGCACAAUACGUUGUGUGGAUUGAUAUGAUUGGGGACGAAUUGAUCAAAAAUUUCCAUAAAAUCAAGCAAGACGUGAAUGUAUGGAAGAAAUUGUAUCAUGAUAUUUGUAAUAUCAAUCUGGAAUUGAGGUCAAUGGAGCCAAAAUCUGAUGUAAACAUACCUAAUGGCGUCACCCGUGAGGAUCUCAAUGAACAAGAAGAAGAAGUAGAAAGCCUUCAUCGCACUGGAACGAAUAGCUCUUUAUACUCAACCUCAACUCACACCCAUGCUGAUCUGAUACCUGAUGAGAGUGAAGGAUUGAAUCUUUUUGGCCUUGGAAACAGCAAACGGAACCGAUAUAAACGAUUAGUUGUCUCAAAAGCUGAUUUGGUGAAACAAAUUAUGAAGUUGAAUAUUGAUCUUAAAUGGGAAUACGAAAUCAUGGCUACCCAAAUAUCAAAUUUCUUAACAUUUAGGUCUCAAUUUUUGAAAUUUGGGUUAUCAAUGUAUAUCAAGGAAGAGAUUCGGUGCUUAAAUCAAAGACACUUGGAGUUGAGAAAGAUCUUAUAUAGAGUAAAGUAUAGGUAA